AAAAAAUAAAAAAAAGAAUAAUUCUAAGUUCUAACGCUCUUCUUCUUUCUUUCUGCUCAUUUCGCUAAAACAAAGUAGAUCUCUUUACCUCCCUUCACUUCCGCAGCUUCGGGUCGGCGUUUCGAUCGUUGUCUACCGAAUGAAAAAUGGCGACCUUGGGUAGAGCAGGAAGGAAACAGCAAGGUUUCUUUCGAGGCGUGUUCGACCGUAACAAAAAUCGACCACCGCCGCCGGCGUUUCUUCGAUUUCCCACUUCCCGGCAGACAUUCCGUCUAGUUAUAGCUCUUCUCGCUUUCAUCGCUCUCGCCCCACCUGUUUUUUUCCACUUCAGGCUCCGCCGUCUCCAACAGCUCCAAUUAAGGAAAUGCGGCUGGUUGAAUCAUCCUCCACUUGUUUGUGCUCAUGGUGGCGAUACAACUAAUGCAUUUCCCAACACGGUGGCAGCCUAUCAGUCUGCUCUUCGUUCUCAUGUAGAUUGCAUUGAGAUUGAUGUUUCGCGUUCCUCUGAUGGAGUCCUCUUUGCGCUCCAUGAUAGGGACUUGCAGCAGAUAUCUGGUAAUCAUACCGCUAGAGUUGGUCACUUCAGCAUGAAAGAGUUAGAGAAACUGGAUAUCAUUCAGCAGUCUGCUCUGGAAUUCGGUGAGCAAAAGAUUCCCACUGUUGCAGAUGCUUUGACGUUGGUAUCAAGUUCAGUUCGGCAGGUGAUUCUGGACGCAAAAGUUGGACCUCCUUCCUAUGAAAGAGGACUUGCAAAAGACAUCCUUUCAGUUGUUGGGAAAGCGAAGUGCAGAAACUGUGUUAUUUGGGCCAAAAGUGACAGUCUGGCAAGGGAUUUGAUCAAACUAACAUCAGAUGUUGCGGUGGGGUACAUUGUGAUGAAGGAUCCUAACACAGGUAGGAGAAGCAACUUACUAAGGAUGAAGGAGGCUCGAGUGGUCGGUGUUUACCAUCCACUGGUGGACGAAGGGCUAGUGAGGAUUCUCCAAGGGAGGCAGAAGAAGGUGUAUACAUGGACUGUUGAUGAUGUGGAGUCAAUGCGGAAGAUGUUGGUGGAAGGAGUGGAUGCAAUUGUUACAAACCAAGCCAGUUUGCUCCAGCGGCUCAUGCAAGACAUCAGAGGCGAGUGUCGGGAGGAAGGUUUUUCUUUGCCAAGAUGAUAACAGUAACUUGAGUUGUAAGGUAGCCAUUCAUAUAAAUUGUCUGGAAGUUGUGCCGUCCCCGUAAGUUGAACAGAGGCAGAGAACCCUUGAACUCUUCUUGGUAUAGGGGUGGUCAAACAGAGUGGUUACCGCGGUAAUCAUUUUAAGCGGUAGUAUAUUGAUAGUUUUGUUUGGUUAAUUUGGAUAAUUUAUUUUAUUUAGUUAAACUUUUAAACUUUUGUGGUUUAGAUGGUUUGG